UAAAUAAUAUGUCGUGGUGUAACGCCGUCCACUCAUGCCACCUUCACCGACUCUUCUUAGUGUAACUUGUUUGAUUUUAUUAUCGCUCAUAUCCUAAAACAGGUCACAAAACAGGUCACAAAGUCUUUGUUUUAAUCUGAAGCGUCACUUCAAUUUACACAACUCUCUUUUUUUAGUCGUCUCUAUCACCUCGGAAUUGAUUUAACGUGGGGCUUAUCCGAUACUACGACACUACCGUACUACGAUAUCAUACCCAUCACAAUAAGCAUCUGUGCACUAGAAAACACACUAGAGCGUCGGUAGUGCGUAGUACUCGAUUCUCCCUUGCAUAUUCAAGCAUCAGGGAUAAGCCGAACGAUCAUCUGCACCAUUAAGAUCAUCGUCACAAAACUCUACCAGUUGACCAGUUAGCCAGUCUACGUGUACGAGCACCAUAAUAACGAUCCAAACUACCCAAACCACCCAAACCAUCCAACGACAUAGCCGUAUUGUCGGUCAACAUAUUGGUGCCCGAGUUCCACACCGAAUCGUAUAUUACCACAAGCGCUGGCACUUAGCCGUCACAAUGCGUCAAGAUGGCCGAUGAUUCUAUUUCUACCGAUACUACUCGCCCCUUCUCUCUCGCCCAUCGUCUUCCUUCCACUACUCUAACCGCACAUUCCUCUUGCUCAUCCCUUCACGAGAUGCCGCGCACCAGAAGGUUGCGCUUACUAGUUGCCGCCAAUGGCCAAAGAGACGUUGCUUACGCUCAGGCUAUCGCCGUUCGUCUGCUCAAGGACGCCCAGAUCGAGACCCGAGCUCUUGUCGAUGAGAUACCCGUUCGACUCACCCACGAGAUAAUUGUCAUGGAGAACCGAAGUUUAGCGACAGUAGCCAUUGAUGCGGAUCAGAGGACAAGAGACGCUAUAGAAUCGGCCAAACAGACUGCUUUCGAACUCGUCGACUGGGCCGACUUACUCGUCCUUGCACCUAUCGAUGCUGAUCAUCUCGCUAAGAUGAUGUCCGGCAUUGCCGAUACGACCCUUCUGGAAAUAUUAAGAGCAUGGGACGUAUCCAAGAAGAUUCUUCUGGUACCGGGCAUGUCGGUCCAGAUGUGGGAGAACCCCAUGACGAAGAAACAGUUAAGCAAGAUUAAGCGCAAGUGGAAUUGGGUCAAGGUCAUGGCUCCCGUGUUAUGGCAUUACGAGGGACAUAGUGCGCAUAAGCGUAUAGUGUCUUGGGAUGGAUUCAACGAUCUGGUCGGCAUAAUAAAAAAUCAAGCCGAGCUAAUGAGUCUGGGACACGAUGUCGAAGUUGCCACGCAGCAGGCCAUGCAUACAACUACUCCGAUCCGAUCUACCAAGGCUCUACCACCGGAGAUAUGGACCAUUAUAUUUGAACAUGUCGGCGAUUGGGAAGUAGCCACUGCUCUUAAUGUAUAUACGAAUUUAAAAACUCCACCCGAAUGGCGACUCGAUCGCGCGGCCCUUGCCGACCCCCUUGACUUAUACAUGCACGAUCUCGAGUGGCUGAUCCUUUCGUGUCCCGGAUCCGCCGCCAUCUGCGACAAGCUUUCUCAAGCGCCUAAAGCACUGCGUUUCGUUUCCUACCUCGCGGUCAAACUUAUCAUCAAGUUCUCCUUAACCGACGUCCUAACAUAUCUAGAAACACAUCUAAGCAAGGUUUUCUGGGCAUCGUUUAGCUCUAAAUUGCUACCGAAUAAGGCAUCCGGGGUAUACGGACGAACGGAUAUAUUGGAUUGGUGGAACACUUCCCCCUCGUUCUUGAAAAAGGAAUACGACGCCGAGGCGCUGGACAACGCUUCCCGCAUGGGCUAUGUACACGUGCUGGACUGGUGGCUCCGCUCCGGCCUCUCGCUAAAGUAUACCGAGGCGGCGCUGGAGUCCGCCUCGGCAAAGGGACAUCUACUUGUGUUAGAGUGGUGGAGAGACGCCGCCCUGAAACACGAUAAUAUCCCCCUCAAACCCGGCCGCAGCCUCCUCACCGCCGCGCAACAGGGACAGACGGCCGCCCUGCGCUGGUGGGAGUCCUCGGGUAUCCCAGCCGCGCACAGUGAGGGCGUGUGCAAGAUCGCAAGCGCACACGGACAAACCGCCGUUCUCGACGUCUGGCGCGAGCUCAAGGGUGACAAAUUGUCUUUUGACUCACAGGUCCUAGUCGCGCCGACGAAACAGGGAUAUGUCGAGGUGCUCGAAUGGUGGAAGAAAUACGCGAGGGGAGAGGAUCAGGUUGAUGGUAGAUCUCAUCGCGUCGAGUACAAGACGUGUGAUAUCGAGGAGGCUCUUGAGGAUGCUAUUGGCGACCCCAGACCGGUGCGGAGGUGGUGGGCUAGGAAUGGGUUGAAUUUGGGGCUCGGAACUAAUGAGUGGAUGAAGAUCCGGCGGCUUUGAUUUGAAGUUCUGUUGGGGGGGACGGCUGAGGUGUUAAUGUCUUAGGGGAUGAGAAAUGCUAUUUGGGCCUGGAGAUGGGACGUGAGGCUUUGUAUAUUGGUGGAGGUGAUGUGUAAAUUGCUGCGGAGUGAAGUGAAGUUGAGGAUGGCUAAUGCGACUAGGCUAAGAUCUAGGUCAAUAUAGUGUGCUUGACUUAUAUUCUGGUGUUUGAGUGAGAUGUACCCUAUGAGAACGAUUCGUGGCUAUAGAUACUGCGUCCUGGGUCGAGAACGGC